CAGCAGGUUGCAUAAAUUGAGGCUUUGAGGUCGUGACAGGCUGGAAUAACAUGCCAGUCAAAGCGCGUUCAGGAGUACUUAGCAUUCCUGCGCCGCAGGUGAGACGUUUCUUGUCGGCUUCCCUUUCUGGGCUGGGUGAAUCGCGAGCGAGAGGGAGAGGGGCUCGCUCGCUCUCGCGCGCGCUUCCCCGGUGGCGUCUGCGAGCGGCACGGACAUGGCGACACGUCUCCCUCAGCGCAGGAGUUGGAGAUAUUUGAGUCUCAGUAUCAGGAUACUAAAAAGCAUCAUUUUCUACCUCGCUGUGUUGGGGUCACGUGGAGAAAGUCUGCAACAGAUACUGGCAGAUAAAGAAACUAUAGUCAAAAUAUCUGCUUCUGGAAAUUUAAUUCAGUGUUCAGCUGCUAUAGAUGUCCUGCUGUUACUCGAUGGCUCCUACAGCAUUGGCAAAGGCAGCUUUGAACGCUCCAAGCAUUUUGCCAUAAAGAUGGUGGAAGUGUUGGACAUUAACCCAGACCGGGUUAGAAUUGGAGCUAUACAGUACAGCUCCAAACCAAAACUGGAAUUCGGGUUGAAUGAUUACCCUACACGAGAAGAAGCUAAAGAGGCCAUCAAAAACAUUCGCUUUCGAGGGGGCAGCACAGAGACCGGAAAAUCCAUAAAGCACGUGCUGAGGAAGGGCUUCCCGGGAGGAAGGGGGGACGUGUCGAAAAUCCUCGUCCUCCUCACCGACGGGAAGUCCCAGGACAGCGUCAGGCCCGCGGCGGGGUUCGCCCGGAAGAGCGGGAUAGGGCUGUUCACCGUGGGAAUUAAGCACCCGAAGUGGGACGUCCUGCACACAAUAGCCAGCGAACCCAGCGAGAUGUACGUGUUUUUCGCCGAGCAUUACAGCGAUGCCGUCAACGGGCUCAUCACCACGUUGACUCAGCUGGCCGUCUGCAACGACAUUCACCCCAAGUGCAGGGUGGAGUCGCGUGCCUGUCUCAGGACCACGCUGGAGGCCCAUAAAGAGUUCCAUGGUAACCACGUGUGCUGGAAGAGGAAAGCCAACAAGCUUCAGGCUGCCCCUGUGGCUGGAGAGUGUCCUUACUACAGAUGGAAACGAUUCAACACCACAAUACAAAGCCAGUGCCACAGGACUCUCUGCCCAGACCCCUGUGACCCCAGCCCGUGUCUGAACGGGGGAACCUGCAUCACGGAGAGCGUGGAGAGCUUCAGCUGCCUGUGUCCGCUGGGCUAUGGGGGAGACCAGCUCUGUGGAGGUGGCAAAUAUAUCAUCCCGGCAGGUUUGACGAACUGUGCUGUGGACCUGCUCUUCCUGAUCGACGGCUCCUGGACCACGGGUCUGGAGGACUUCCUCCGGGCCAAGGACUUCGCCAAGCGGGUGGUCCAGACCAUCUUCGCCUCCUCCGCCAAAAUCCUGGUGGCCGUGGCGCAGUACGCCGACAAGGUCCACAUGGAGGUGCCCAUCGGUCGCCACGGCAACGCCGCGGACCUGCUCGGGGCCAUCGACGCCAUCGGCUUCCGGGGCGGGAACGCCAUGACGGGGAACGCCCUGCGGCACGUGGCGGACAGCGCCUUCGCGGGCGCGGGCGGGGCCCGGGGGGAGGUGCCCCACGUGGUGGUGCUCCUGUCCAACUCCCGCCCCCGGGACGCGGCAGUCGCGGCGGCCCAGGUCGCCCGGCAACGGGAGAUCUUCAUCCUGGCGGUGGGCGGCGGGCGCCUGAAAGCGGAGUUGAGCCAGAUCACCGGGGACGCUGAGCUGGUCUUCACCUACGGACACCUGCUGGAGCUGCAGGGCAAGGUGCAGGAGCUCCACACCAGGGUCUGCGGCUUCAACGCGCCAGGCUGCUACUCCAAGACUCUGGACCUGGUGUUCGCGGUGGACGCGUCCGCCAACCUGCCGCGCGAGGGCUACCGGCAGGCCAAGGCCUUCGCCAAGGCCGUCGUCUCGCAGUUCGACAUCGACGCCGACCUCACCCAGGUCGCCGUGGUGAUCUACGGGGAGAAGCCGCGCACGGUGUUCGGGCUGAGCGCCUUCGACAGCGACGGGAGGAUGAGGAAGGUGAUCAGCCAGGCGCCGUACCUGGACGGGGAGCCACGCGCGGGACGGGCCCUCCUCCACGUGCUGGGGGACGCACUGAGCGUCGGGGGUGGGGCCAGGCCCGGCGUCCACAAGGCCGUGGUGGUCGUGACGGACGGCCGGAGCGUCGACGACGUUGCCGCGGCCGCCGACGAGCUGAGGGGGAACGGGGUCGCCGUCCUGGCCGUGGGGCCCGGGUCCGUCCACUCGAGGGCGCUGUUGGGCAUCGCUGGCAGUGCCAGGCUGGCCAUUCCCGUGCCCUCGUACGAACACCUGAAACAUUACGCCAACAACCUGGUUCAAGCCGUCUGCAAAGACGUGCGAGCUCCGGCCAGCCUGUGUGUCCCUAACCCCUGCCGGAAUGGAGGCGUGUGCGUGCAGAAGGACCGGAGCUACACCUGCCGGUGCGACGGCUGGACGGGAGAGCACUGCGAGAGACAGCUAUCCCAGCAUGCAGCUCGCUGGCCCUGAUGCUGUCCCAGGGUCUGGUUAGGGUGAUGGAUCUCCAGCUCCACUGCUGCUCUGUUCACAGACUCUGCAGCUUGAAAAGACCGCUGGACAAAAACGAAAGACGGACAAGUUGCGGGCGUUCCUUUUCUACCCUUCUAAAGUGGGACUACUCCACGCACAUUCCCGCUAGUACCCAAUCAGGGAAGGACAAUGGAGAGAAGAAUGUCUAAGGACAAGAUGACGACUCUGGAGACAGUGGAGAAUUUGGAUUUAUUGACCCCGAUUUCUCUGGCUGGCGCCUCCGCUCGUGUGCCAGUAUCGGCGGUGGUCUCACGUUAUAGCGCCUUGCCGUUUCGUGACGGAGACGGAGAAACGUGCGAGCAGGCCCGUGUGGCCGCGGCUGUUUCCACAGUAAAGCGAUAUGGAGGGGGGGAAGGCCCAAAGCCCUCUGGCAUUCCUGGAAAUGAAAAUGCACAGAGACGAUUAAAGCCAGAUGACAGAGGUGUGAUUUAGACCUCAUGGACCCCUUAAACUGCUUAAUUUGUCGUGAAUGUUUGCGCCCUCCAGCUAGCCAGUACUGUGCACCACUAAUGUUAGGUUUAAUUGGUGUAAAUAGCUCAUUAUCGCCAUUAUUGUUGCAAAUACACACACAAAGCCCUUCUGGCAUGUUUAGGUCCCUGAUAUGUAAUAAGUUGUAAUUUUAUUCAUCUGCUAUUAUCAUAAAACAACCAUGACUGGGUAUAAAGGGGGUAGCUGUAUGGUGCAGCAGUUAAGGUGGUUGCAGGUUUUACACCAAGGUGGAGAAAUGCUGUUGGCAACAUUCCCCAGGAUAGGACAUCUACCAAGUAAGUGAUGUUAUUGCAACGUUAGUGAGUCAUGGACAUUAUCCAUCCUCUAAUUGCCAAAAAAGUAGAACAAACUUCUCUGCACUUUGAAUUUCAGGACAUCAGCAUGAAAACGCCAUCUGAAUGCACAAUGAGGACCGGGGAUUGAUUGGCAUUGGCUGGCUUAAAAUAGUCAGUUUGAGGGCACAGGACUGCCCUUCACUAAUGAUGUCAUUGGAAAUGCCGUCUGAUUGGUCAAAAGCAUGCUGUCCUCUGCUGGUCAUCUGGAGUAAUUUCUACUGACCUCGGUACAGGAAAAAGUGACCAUGACAAUAAUUACUAAGCAAAUCCAUAUCCAUUUAUUUCUCAGGCAAUGCUUGUAGUUGCCAACAGACAUCCCCCCUCACUGGAACAUUUGUGCCUCUGAAAUCGAAGGCCCUUCGCUUGUAUUUUUGGAAAUGUUUGGAAACUGUUCUCUAUAACACGUGAAUUCUGUGUGCACUGCCUUACACUGAUAGAUCGAACAGUUUAAAUGAGAAUGAUUUGGAUACAUGUGUGGGUUAUGUAGUAAUGUAUAACUAGGUGUUUUUUCAACCAAAAAAUAUGAAACUAAACCUUGCUUGAAGCUAUAGACUAAGUGGGGUUAUUAUAAAAAUAAAUA